CUUGGUUCGGACUGAGGCUUUCGGGACGGCGGCGGGAAGAUGGCAGCCCCCAGGGACGGGCUUGGAGCCGUGGAGACAGAGGGGAACGGGGGUCGCUCGGAGAGCUCGGGAGCGGAGGUGGUGCUUUCCUCCGAUCCUGCCACUCCUGCUCCGCUUUGCCCUCACGGACCCACUCUUCUGUUUGUAAAGGUGAGCCAAGGGAGAGAAGGAACGCGGAGGUUUUAUGCCUGCUCAGCCUGUAGAGAUAGAAAAGACUGUAAUUUUUUUCAAUGGGAAGAUGAAAAGUUGUCAGGAGCGAGACUUGCUGCCCGAGAAGCUUACAACCGAAGAUGUCAGCCUCCUCUCUCCCGAAUGCAGUGUGUGGAAAGGUACUUGAAGUUUAUUGAGUUGCCCUUGUCUCAGAGGAAGUUUUGUCAAAGAUGUCAGCAGUUGCUCUUACCAGACGACUGGGAGAAGCAUGGUGAACAUCAGGUAGUGGGUGAUGUUUCCCUCACUCAGUUAAAAAGGCCCAGUCGACUCCUGUAUCCACUGGAAAACAAGAAGACAAAUGCCCAGUAUUUGUUUGCUGAUAGGAGCUGUCAGUUCUUGGUAGACCUACUUUCUACCCUUGGAUUCAGAAGAGUACUGUGUGUUGGAACACCAAGGUUGCAUGAGCUGAUCAGGUUGAAAGCAUCAGGUGACAAGAAGUCUAACAUUAAAAGCCUUUUGUUGGAUAUUGAUUUUCGGUAUUCACAGUUUUAUAUGGAAGAUAGCUUUUGCCAUUAUAACAUGUUUAACCAUCACUUCUUUGAUGGAAAGGCUGCCCUUGAAGUAUGCAGAACAUUUUUACAGGAAGAUAAAGGUGAAAGAGUCAUUAUGGUGACAGAUCCUCCUUUUGGUGGCUUGGUUGAACCUCUGGCUGUUACAUUCAAGAAGUUAAUUGCUAUGUGGAAAGAAGGUCAAAGCCAAGAUAACAGUCACAAAGAACUACCCAUUUUCUGGAUUUUCCCCUAUUUUUUUGAAUCCCGAAUUUGUCAGUUCUUUCCAAGUUUCUGCAUGCUGGAUUAUCAGGUGGAUUAUGAUAAUCAUGCACUUUAUAAACAUGGAAAAACACGUCGGAAACAGUCUCCUGUGCGUAUUUUCACCAAUAUUCCACCCAACAAAAUAAUCCUUCCUAUCGAAGAAGGGUACAGAUUUUGCCCUCUGUGUCAACGAUAUGUUUCCCUAGAGAAUCAACACUGUGAGCACUGCAAUUCUUGCACAUCCAAGGAUGGCAGGAAAUGGAACCAUUGCUUUUUCUGCAAAAAGUGUGUAAAGCCUUCCUGGAUCCACUGUAGCAUUUGCAAUCACUGCGCUCUUCCAGAUCAUUCUUGCGAGGGCCCUAAAGACGGCUGCUUUGUUUGUGGUGAAUUAGAUCAUAAACGUAGUACUUGUCCUAACAUCUCUACAUCUAAGAAAGUUAACAAAGCUGUCAGAAAGAAGAAGCAGAGAAAAAGUAAUAAGAUGAAAAUGGAGACCACUAAAGGACAAUCCAUGAAUCAUACAUCUGUUACAAGGAAAAAGGAAAGGAGAGAAACAGCCCAUCAAUAUCUUUGCUCUUAAAUGUCCAGUGACUUGAGAAUAAGAAAGAUUUAUAGUCCAACCUUUGAUGCCAUUUUCUGAAAGUGCCGCACUGGACUUAAAUUCUGUCGCUUUCAAAAGUAUGCGCCUUUCUAAGCUGGAUAAUAGGCAGGUGGUAUUUGCUGGUUGAUAGACCCCUCAGCAGCCUCUCUGGAGACCUGGGGAGUUGUUCCAUCCUUAGCUGGUUUACUAGCUCCCUAUCUGUACCUUUUUUCUCUCUUCCAAUCAUAUUAUUUUAGCCUCUUUUAUCUGGAAAAUGGGCAUACAGUAUUCUUUUGCAGAGAGUGUCAGAAGAAAAUGAAAAUGAAAACCUGAGGUUUUGUUUACAUUGAACAUAAAAGUAUGUUGUUAUAUAAAUCUUUUAAAUUAAGCAUUAAAAUACUGUACAAUGGCUUAAACCCCACUUAUAAAGAGAAUUACAGUGUACAAUUAUUUUUAGACAGAAUCUGAAGAUGAUGGAAGGAAUUUUGACAAAGGCAGUCGAAAUAUAAAGAUUAUAAUUAUGGUUACAUUAUUAUUAAAUAUUUAUUUUUCAAGUA